AGAAUUAAUAAUUAUACAGUUCCUUCCUUAUCUUGAGCAAAAAAAAUGAUGGAUUCAAUGGCACUGAAAUCUCCUCAAUUCGCUUUGAACGGCGAAAAUUGUUACUGGCCGUCACUAAAUGGUCGUAAAUUCGCAUCUUCUUCUUCUUAUACAUCAUCAUUUUCUUGGUUAUUGCCAUUUGAUUAUCAGAAAUUGAAGGUAAGGGGAAAAUCAGCAAUAGUAGCAGCGGCCAAGAAAGAUAAUAAGAAAGGGAAGAAAGAGGACGCCCAUAGCUUUGUCGCGAAGCCCGAUGAAUCCACUGGCCCAUUUCCUGAAUCUGUCCUUCUUAAAGAGAGAAAGGUUGAGGAAGAUGGCAUGCUUAUGCCAGAGUUUGCAGAUGUAGAAGAACGUGAACUUUUCGAGGCUUUGAACCUGCAGCUUGAAAGUGAUAUGGAUUUUGAUCUAAUGCGGCACUAUGAAGUGGUAUAUCUAAUUCACGAGGAUCACAAGGAACAGGUUGAGAAUGUAAAUAUCAAAAUCCGAGAAUUCUUGAAGGAAAAGAAGGGGAAGAUAUGGAGAUUCAGCGACUGGGGUAUGCGAAGGCUGGCAUACAAGAUACAGAAAGCAAAGAAUGCACACUACAUCUUAAUGAACUUCGAAGUGGAGGCCAAAUGGAUAAACGAUUUCAAGAGCUUGCUAGACAAAGACGAGAGAAUCAUAAGACACCUUGUUAUAAAGAAAGACAAGGCAGAGACAUGGAACUGUCCUCCCCCUCCCGAGUUCCAAAGUUUAUAUGCUGGUACAAACGAUGACGAGGAUAUGGAUGAUGACGAGGAUUACGAUGAUGAUGAUGACGAGGAUUAUGAUGAUGAGGAUGACGUGGAAAACGAAGAUGAAGAUACUAUUAUAUAUGUGGAUGAUGAUGAAGAAGAAGAUAGUACUGUAGAAAAACAGGCAGUAGUUGCGGGAAAAAAGAACCAACAAGCUCAGAAAGUAGGUCGAUAGUUUUAACAUUAUCCAUCUUAAGUUGUUUGAUGAAUCUAUUUUGCAGUGGAUUUCAAAUUCUUAAUUAGUUCUCAUAAUUAGUUAAUUUGGAUGGAUUUUAAAUCCAUAUGAUAGGAGUCAUAUUUAAAUAUUUCAAAUUUAUUCGUUUAGAUUGAUUGA